CCUUUCCUCCCUCCGAACCACCUCUACCUCCCAGUCGUCUGGGAGGAGCUUCACGCUAAAGCUUUCGAGCCCGCCGACGCGCCGCAGCAGUAGCUGAGAGGACUGGAGCUUCCAGGAGCUGCGUCUGCUGCAACCUCUCUACUGACGCUACGUGCCUUGAGACUGCGACCUGGCUCGCGGUGCGCCAGUCUCUCUCCGUCUGCUCUCCACCUGGCACGCACCUGGUGGAGGCCGGGGUUCUGCCAAGCGCCAAGAGGGCGCGCGUGCCACUGGCCCUAGGGAAACGCGGAGCGUGCGCGCCAUGGGGCCGCCGCCCGGGAUCAGGGUCUCCUGCCGCGGUGACUGCGGCUUUUCCCGAUUGCUGGCGUGGUGCUUUCUCCUAGCUCUGAGUCCUCACGCCCCGGGAUCCCGGGGGGCGGAAGCUGUGUGGACUGCGUACCUCAACGUGUCCUGGCGAGUUCCGCACACCGGAGUGAACCGCACCGUGUGGGAGCUGAGCGAAGAGGGCGUGUAUGGCCAGGACUCGCCUCUGGAGCCUGUGGCUGGGGUCCUGGUACCGCCCGACGGGCCCGGGGCACUCAACGCCUGUAACCCACACACGAAUUUCACGGUGCCCACGGUUUGGGGAAGCACUGUGCAAGUCUCUUGGCUGGCCCUUAUCCAACGCGGCGGGGGCUGCACCUUUGCAGACAAGAUCCAUCUGGCAUACGAGAGAGGGGCGUCUGGAGCCGUCAUCUUUAACUUCCCAGGGACCCGCAAUGAGGUCAUCCCCAUGUCUCACCCCGGUGCAGGAGACAUUGUUGCAAUCAUGAUUGGCAAUCUGAAAGGAACAAAAAUUCUACAGUCUAUUCAAAGAGGCAUACAAGUGACAAUGGUCAUCGAAGUAGGAAAAAAACAUGGCCCUUGGGUGAAUCACUAUUCAAUUUUCUUUGUUUCUGUAUCCUUUUUUAUUAUUACAGCAGCAACUGUGGGAUAUUUUAUCUUUUAUUCUGCUCGAAGAUUACGGAAUGCAAGGGCUCAAAGCCGGAAGCAGAGACAAUUAAAAGCAGAUGCUAAAAAAGCUAUUGGAAGGCUUCAGCUGCGCACACUGAAACAAGGAGACAAGGAAAUUGGCCCUGAUGGAGACAGUUGUGCUGUGUGUAUUGAGCUAUAUAAACCAAAUGAUUUGGUUCGCAUCUUAACCUGCAACCACAUUUUCCAUAAGACAUGCGUUGACCCGUGGCUGUUAGAACAUAGGACUUGCCCCAUGUGCAAAUGUGACAUUCUCAAAGCUUUGGGAAUUGAGGUGGAUGUUGAAGAUGGGUCAGUGUCUUUACAAGUCCCUGUAUCCAGUGAUGCAUCCAACAGUGCUUCUGCCCAUGAAGAGGAUAAUCGCAGUGAGACUGCAUCGUCUGGAUACGCUUCAGUGCAGGGAGCAGAUGAACCACCUCUAGAGGAACAUAUGCAAUCAGCAAAUGAAAAUCUACAGCUGGUAAACCAUGAAGCAAAUUCUUUGGCAGUGGAUGUUGUUCCUCAUGUUGACAACCCAACCUUUGAAGAAGAUGAAACUCCUGCUCAAGAAACUGCUGCUCAAGAAAUUAAAUCAUAAAAUGUGUGUUAUUAAAUCUGUGUCUAUUAGAAAACUUGAAAUUUAGUAAUGACAGGACUGCCAAUCAGGGCUUACUUUACUAUUAAUAAAGUGGAUAAACUUAAUAAAAUAAAAAUGAUACUGAAAGUGCUGAGAUGACUAAUACUAUACUGUAGUUAAAUGGCUUCUUUAACCUGUUAACAUUUUUCCACAAAUACAUUAUAAUGUUUUCAUAGGCAAACUUCUUCUGAAUAGCGAUAGCAACAUUUUUAAACAUUUAAGAC